AUGAGUCACUCGCGCAGCUUACGGGGAAGUCUCUCUUUGCAUGCGAGUGCAGACGAAGCUUCUCUUCGAGCCUCGUAUCGCUCGAUAGGCUCGUCGUACAAAAAUGCGCAGAAACUCGGUUCUUCGCGAGGGCCAGUCUCGCCAAGCCAACGCCAAAAGACUUCUCUCACUGGCAAGGGAGGCAACCGUCCAUCUCACAGCACGGAAAGGAAGUCGCGAGCUCGCAUAGACAACGGAUUCGGCCUCGACCGACUCAGUGCCUCGUACUCUUCCCAUCCAACCAAACAGAUACUCUCCACGGAAGGAUUAGCUUCUUCUCUCCCAGAAAACACCGAAGGAAGACUUCCGAUCUCCCCCACACACAAUCCUUCUUCCUCUUCUUCCUCUUCUUCUUCCUCUUCUUCCGCUGCUUCGCCGGACCCUUUGGACUGGUGGCGAGAGUAUCCGCCGCCGCGCGCACUGCCCCCGUCGCCGCCGCUGCGUGCGCCGCCCGACCUUGUCUUCGAGGAGAUUCCCCGAAAGUCGCCAGUGAAUCUCGACGACGUUCCCGUGGGACUCAACACAGACGGCAACUUUGAGCGGCUGCUGGAGCGCGCCUUGGCGAGAGAAGAAGUUCGUCUGCGCGGGCGUCCAAAGAGCGGCGAGGAAAAGCGAGGCGGGGCCGAGAGGCCGGAGUCUCUUCCAGCUGCGGAACGAGGCGGAGACAGCGCCUUCACACACAGCCCAGCAACGGCAGAGAGCUGGAAAGGAGACAUAGACGUGGAAGACGGAAAACCUGGGGCGAGGGGACCCGACGCCCGAGAAGAAAACGUCUCCGACGAGGAGACAGCUGUCGCCUUUGCGGAGAGACAGGCCGUGCGUCGCGUGGGAAGAGAAGAAGGCGACCGCGGCUGGGGCAGAGACGGAAGCGUGGCACGUAGUGGAGUUGACGCGUCGUUCGUCUGGCGCGGUUCAGAGCCGGGUUUUUUUCCGCGGGCGCCGUCCCGUUCUCGCGUCGCUUCCAGGGCACCCUUGGAUUCUCCCUCUGCAUGGCAGUCGUCCUCGUCUUCUGAUAGAGACAUGGCGAGUGAGGAGGCGCGGCGGGGGGCGGGCGUGAGUCCCCGGCCGUUCCUUCGGAGACGCGGGGGGUUGCAAGCUGCCUUUGCGGCUCGGUUCCGAGCUUCUGUCUCUUCGCGGAAACCUUCGCUCCGUGGACAGGAGACUCCCGACUCCGAAAACCUUUCUCCGGGAGCGGAGCUCUCCGAGGCCGUGCCCCGCGCGUCUUCGUUCGCGUUUUCGCGGGAGGGACCCGCUGCGAGGGAGUCCAAGGAGUGCGCGCGGCGGGAGAGAGCGAGAGACGAGCGGGGAGACAGAGAAGAGCGAGCGUGUGUGGAGCGAGGGGGACGCGAUGCGAGUUUCGACUGCGACUUGCGCGUUUCUCAGAGCAGAGAGGAGAACGUCGAGGGGAGAGACGGCGACGAAGAUGACAGCGUCUCGCUCGUGUGGACGGCGACGCCUGAAGACGAGGCGAACGCGGGGCGUCACAGAGCUCGCGAACGAGCGAAGGGAUGGCGCUCUGUGCCGGUUCGCGAAGAGCCGGAGGAGCUUCGGGGGCAGAGCCGCUUCGGUACGUACACUGGAGAUGAGGCGUCCCCCGCGAGGAGGCAUUCCCGCGUUUCUCUUCCCAACGAGAAGCCGCUUUCGAGCGCGCGACCGGUGCUCAACGACAAAGCGCCUUCCGCCCUGGUCUACAGCUUCGGAGAAGACUGCGAGCAGCAGCCGGGAAGCGAGGAGAGACGCGACGGCCACGGCGACGGACGUGACUUGCCGCUGUUCGCCUCGCUCAACGAGUCUCACUCGCCGAGAAGAGAAGUGUGGGGGGACGGGCGAAGAGACACCGGAGACGCGGGCUCCACUCCGGAACGCAGAGAACGCGAGAGAGACGAGCGAGAGGGCCGUCUCUGCGUUCGCAGUUUCGAGGAGCCGCAUGCAAGCCAAGCUGGCGGCGGCCGGUGUUUCGAUCGCCAGCGCGACGAAGGGCCUUGGGGACGAAGUCUCGCGAGAACGGCGGACGGCGAGCGCGACGGCCAGGCGAAUGUUGCGCAGAGCUCGCGACUUGGAAAAACGGGUGCGCCGAGACGGUCCGACGACUUUGAAGGCGACGACGCGGGCGAGCCGGAAGAGCAGUCGAGAGGCCGAAAGGUGCGGGAAGGGAAGCACGCCGACGGGGUGUAUGUACACCUCGCGAGCACGCGCACAGGCAGCAGCGCGAGUGUCACGACGGCGGACGGGGCACAGACGUCCAGUUCGAGCUGCGGCUUGCUCUCGAAGACGUUUUCCACGACGUCUGAAAUGGAGUCCAGCGCGUUCGAGAGAGAAGGCCAUGGCGUCUCUGCGGGUUUCGGACCAGCAAAGGGAGCGUCUCCGCGCGGCUUUGUUUCUCGGCCGCGAGGAGAUCCGCCAGCGGGCCCCCGCGGUGUAGAGACAGCCGCGCCUCUUGGAGCAGAUGACAGCGAAGACCUUCCAGCGGGCGAGGCGCCGAUUUCUGACCUCGUUCGCGACCGUUUCUACGCCGUCGAAGAGCGCGGGAUUUCCUCGCGUCGGCCGUCGCAGCGCGCAGCGAGUUCGUUUCCACAGGGCGCCUCCCAGAGUCUGCAAGGCCACGCGGAAAGGGGAGACGGGCCGAGAGGAGAGAGCGCAGGCUUCCUGUUCGACGCCGCGCAUGCAGAGGGAGGCAGAGAACAAAGAGAGGACUUGGACGGGGUUCUGCCUGGAUUCGAAGCCCCGGAGUUUCUCCAGACAGAGCAAGGAAGUUCUCCAGGCCUUCUCGAGAGCAGACUGGAAUUGCUAAAGUUGCAGCUGCAGAGACUGCGCGAUGGCGAAGCGAGGCUCCGGCGCAUCUCGACCGAGCUGCAAAAGCAAAGAGAGGACAUCGCGUUUGAACGAGAGUCCCUGAGGAGAGGAGUGGAAGAAGAUCGACAGCUCGCCUGGCGAGAAAUCGAAGCGGGGCGGCAGCAGCUUCUGAGAGAGAAACGGCGCGUCGCACGCGAGCGCGAGAGACUACGCGAAUCGAUUCAGCAACAACAGGAGCAACAGGAGCGACACCGGACGCUCCAACAGCGCUUAGAAGAAGUUCAGGAAGAAUUUCGAACGGCAAAGGAGCGGUGGCGAGCCGUAGUCGAGCGUCUCCGACGCGAGAAAGAAGUUGUGCAAGAAGAGAACUGUGCCCUGAAAGAAGAACUGUCUCUGGCGGAGCAGCAGUUCUGCGCAACUGCGAAAGGGAAGACCGGUUUCCUGUUGGCGCGCGCGAAAACGGGGCUCGACGCGCCGAAACGGGGGCCGGAAAGGCGCUUCUCGUCCCAAAUGUCUCCGCGGUCGGCAGGUGUACGUACACCCCACGCUCGGGGCGCCUGCCAGCCAGCGACACGGAAGAGAGAAAUGCUCUCCGACUCUGGCGAGGAGCCGGGAAUGCCGACGGAUUCCCCCCGUCACCGCGCGCUCGAGGACGAACACGAUUUCUCUCCAAGAGAGCGAACGCACAGCCGGCCUCUCGCCGUCGCCUCUUCGCGGCCUCUGCAUGCAGCCGGUCCGCCUGACGGCCGGAGAAGAUCGUGGUAUGGCGGGGAAUCCCCGUCGCAGCGAGAAGACGAAAGCGCGGACAGCGAGACGCAGCGUCCACCUGGACUCCAGGGAACUCGGCGGCCUGGGAGAGAGGCGCCGUCGAGAGAAGAACUCGCGGUUAUCCGUGCCCCAGACCCCGACGCCGAGGCACUGCAUCCACCUCCUCGCCUUUCGCUCUCGGAGUGGGAAGAAGCUGUGGAGACGAGUCUCCACACCGCGCUGUCUCUUCAUCCCUCCGACCAGGAACCGCGCGCGUCUCGCGGAGGAGGGGAACCGGAACAGCUAACGGACCCUCCCACGCGACCCGACGCAUCCUUCGCCUCGACUUCUUCUUCGGCGCUGGCGACUCGGCUGCGGGAGUACGAGGAACGGCUCAAGCGUCAGCAGGAGCAACUCGAGGAGCAGCAGUGGGAGUUGGAGCGGCAGCGGCGUUGGAUUGCGGCGCGACGCAGAGAGGAAGAAGGCCCGCGUCCUGCGCAGGCGGCAGACGGGGCUGCGCAGGUGGAACCCGCGUCUCCUCCCGAAACCGCCACGGAGUUUCAGGUGUACAGACAGCCGGCGUCCUGUCGGCUGUCUCCCGCGGCGGCUUCGCCGUUUCCCGGCGCUGCGUCUCGCCGUUUUCUUCCAGAGAAGCCAGAGAAGCGCGGCUUUCCUCUCCAGAACGGGCUCCCCGCGCCGCCUGGCGCGCCGCGCGAAGAGCCAGACAGGAAGUCUGAGAGCCUCGCCAACGCGAGCGGCUCCGCGAGUCAAGCGGACGCCGGCGCCGCUCUUCUCACGCCGUCGUGCUACGCAGUUUCGCCUGCGCCGUGCACGGCUGCGGCGCUUCCCAGCGUGCCCAGCCCGCAGUUCUUUCCCGGGCCAGGCCGCGAAUCCGCGAGGAGCGCCGAGGCCGGUGCGGAGUCGGCGGAACGCGGGACGGGAAGGGGCGGAGGCGCAGAGAGCGUGGAAAGCGAGAAGGUCGAAGACUUGUCGCAGCGCGGCACUUCACAGGGCGAGAAGGACGGACCUUUCGUGGAGACGAACCAUACAACUGCCUCAGCUCCCGCGGGGCCAGGCGCGAGACGCGCCGAUGCUUCCAAAGCGCCCGAGUGCAACCAAAGUCUUUUCCGACGCAGCAUGCGCGAUCUUCUCCAGUUCGACUUUGAGGGGCCAUUCCAGCGCAGUCGCGAGGCCUUGUUUCAGCUCUUGAAAAACCCCGGAGACAUUGCCAAGGAGAAGGAGAAGGCGGGGCGGAAAGAAAUCAUCUACCGCACAGGCCUGCGCCGGUUGCUCUACGAAAGCGGUUUGCAGAAAGUCCAGGCGAAUAACGGAUCGACGUUUGUCCUCUUUGUCAACGGAGACCUUCGAAUUUCAACCGGGGAAGAAAUGCAUAUUUACCACUUCGCGGAGCAAAACAUCCUCCAGUAUACCCUGCCCGAUGGAAGGAAAUACAACAGAUUUGCAGACGGCCAGCGUGAGGUUCAGUUCGCCGAUGGACACGUGCAAAUCCUCUUCAGCAACGGCGUGAGAAAGGAAAUUUUCACGAACAAGGUUGAAGAGAUCACCUUCCCAGACGGAACCCACCAACUCAAGUUCCCGUCGAGCGUGGGAGCAGUCGGAGAGGCAUCCGCUGGUCCGUGA